AUGUAUUUAACAGAAUCGUCUGCUUUCGCUGGUUCCUUUUGUGCAAGCGGUGUAUUCAGACCCUACUUAGUGCCAACUGUACGCACUUCUAUCAAAGGCUGGCCGAGCCGGGCUCUUCGUAUGAAAGGUGGUUCUAAUCCCUUCUCUCUUGAAAGUGGCACAAUGGGUGCGACUAGCGGCUUGAUUGUUGCCGGAAUUGCCGGAGCGACAGCGAUUGGUAUUUCCUUCGCAGCGAUCCCGUUUGUCGCCCCAGCGAUGCGUCGCGUCUGCAUACCUUAUGUGCCCGCAACCCUUCCACAACUGAAAAACGUGUCACGCGCUCUAGCCGAAUGCACACCGAAGCAAGGCCCACUCAUUGAUCUAGGAUCUGGAGAUGGACGUGUAAUGAAGUUCGGCGAGCAGUUGGCGAGCCAUUUGACGCCGGAAUGGCGGAAGCAGUACAUCGACUAUGAGGCACUGAAGAAUCUGCUAUAUGACAACAUGAUGGAAGUGCCAUCAGAGGAAGACCGAAGAGAAGAGCAUGUCGCACAGAUGGAUGAGAAAUUUUUCAAUGAAUGCGAAAAAGAGCUUACUAAGAUCAAUCUGUUUUUCUCGCAAAAGAUAGCUGAGGCCCAGGGAAAGUACCAUGAACUGCAGUCUGAGUUGCAAAUGUUCAAAGAAGUUGUUGAAGAGCGUACCGAGCCGACAACAUUAAGAAGAAGAUUUGGCACUCGUGAUAAACUUCAUAAGGAAACAACGAAGACAAGUCAACAGCUGAAACUUGCUUUUUCGGAGUUUUACCUUAGUCUUGUACUAGUCCAAAAUUAUCAGCAGUUGAAUGGAACGGGAUUUCGCAAGAUUCUGAAGAAGCACGACAAGUUAACCGGAAACGAACGUGGACUUGAUUGGCGAAUCAAUAAAGUCGAAAAGAGUUCAUUUUUCCUGAACCGUGAGAUAGAAACCUUGAUCAACAAUGUAGAAACUUCAGUAAUCAAUGAACUCGAAGGUGGAAAUCGCCAAGCGGGCAUGAAACGUCUCAAAGUCCCUCCCCUCUCUGAGAAACAGAAGCCGAUUACUACAUUUUCCCUUGGUUUAUUCAUGGGAGCGAGUGUAAUUCUCAUUUUGGCCAUUCUUCUUUCUUGGUGGGGUGCUGCAGCGCGUCCGAAUGAGCCUCAGUGGGUGGCAGUGCGACUAUUCCGUGGUCCAUUCCUUUUGUUUCUGUCUAUUUUCAUGUGUGGUGUUAACAUGGCUGGCUGGGCAGGUGCAGGAGUGAACCAUGUACUGAUCUUCGAAGUCGAUCCUCGACAUCACCUCUCUUACCAGACCCUCAUGCAGAUCGCAGCUUUCAUGAUCAUGUUGUGGGCAGCAGCAGUGCUUGCUUAUUUGUACGCUCAUCUACUACAUAUACCUGCGUUUGCCCCUCCACUCAUAUUGAUGAUCAUAUGCGCUCUGAUUAUGUUUAAUCCUCUUUCAAAGCCGAACUAUUUGUUUCACAAGAAGUCCAGAUGGUGGCUAAUCCAGCACUGCUAUAAGUGCUUCACUGCUCCUCUUCACUUCGUCACCUUCACAGAUUUCUGGCUCGGUGACCAAAUGAAUUCACUCACAACAACCUUCCUCGAUUUCCAGUAUUUCUUGUGCUUCUACUCUACUGAAGUUGACUACUCACUCGACAAUUUCUUGACGGUAAGGACCAUGAACUCGACCACUGGAAUUGUGCCUUGGGGAUAUGUUGACAUUUCUACGGGUAAGGACAUGUGCAUGUCAGCAUCAGGCGUACGCUCAUUCGUGUCAAUCAUACCUGCGACCGUGCGUUUCAUGCAGUGCCUUCGACGUUAUCGCGAUACUAAGCGCGUACAUCCUCAUCUCGUUAAUGCAGGAAAAUAUUCCACUACUUACUUGGUGGUAGCCUGUGGAGCACUCAAUAAAUGGGCUGAAAAGUCGGACCCGAAUGGGACGUCUCCGUUUUUCUACAUAUGGAUUGCAUCGUACAUCCUUUCCUUCACUUACACUUUCUUAUGGGACAUUUUCAUGGACUGGGGUCUCAUUGAUCCUCGUGCGCCAAAGGAAGCACCGUUACUUCGCGAAGAAAUGAUUUAUGGAAGCAAGUACUACUACUACGCUGCAAUUCUACAAGAUUUUCUGUUGCGUCUCUCGUGGGUGCUUAAUGUGUCUCUUGGCGAAGCUUGGACAUUGGACUCAGAUUUCCUCACGACAUUGACUGCGCCUGCAGAGGUGUUCAGACGUUUCAUUUGGAACUACUUUCGUCUUGAAAACGAGCACGUUAACAACUGUGGCCAAUUCCGUGCAGUUCGUGACAUUUCGGUGAAGCCAAUACGAAAAGGAGAUUUGGAGUCUUUACUAUCAAAAAUGGACCAGUGUGAUGGUGUUACGCAUAGGGGACAAGAUUUGAUGGAGAGAGUUAAAAAGCAGAAGAAAGCUCAAAAGACGACACGAACUCUCUUGCGAAAAGCACGCCUAAAUCGACUCAUAGCACCGGUAAUCCAGUGCGCUUCGGAAGGUAUUACGAGUACUGGUGUAGAGCUGAAUGGAAUCCUCGUCGUCUAUUCGAAGUACCGAGCUGCAAGAGAUGGGCUGAGUAAAACCGCAAAGUUCCGAAGGCGGAAUAUUUUCUAUACUGAUCUGAAGCCUUACAACACUGCUGUGAUAUUCGGCGCCGAAAACUUGAUGACUGAUAUGCUGCCAAAACUUAGCGAAAUGAGAUCAGGCACUUCCUUGUUGGCGUGCCGCUUUCCGCUUCCGGAAUGCGAACAAUUCAAAUCUGUAGCACAGAUUGGGGAAGGGAUUGAUGCCGUCUAUGUAUACCGAAGGAUUUAG